AUGGCUCAAACCCCCUACGAAGAGGACAGAACAGAAUACGAACAAGAGGAGGAGUACGAGAGCGGAGGUCGUAGGAGUGAAAGUGAGCAUGGACAAUCAAGCUCCACGGAGGACGACGACUGGGAGGAUGAGGAGGAGAGCAGUCGCGACGAGGAGGAGGAGGAGGAGGUUGGGGGGGAGGAUGAGGAGCAGAAUGAGGAGAGCAACGAAGAGUCGAACCCCGGCGUUGACUCAGUUUUACAGGGUCCUGGCAACAGCUAUCAGUUUACUGCUUCCCAGGUCGCCUACCUCAAGACUCGUCUGCCUCAAUAUCGUGAAGGCACUUCGAAGAGGAGGGAUCAGUUGGUAUCACAGUCGGCAAAAAACAUCAUCUCGGAAUUGUACGCGAUCACUGGCAAGAAGCAGUCUCGGGAGAAGAAGAAACUCAUCACCCGGGCAGUGAAAAGUUGGUUUCGAGGGCGGGUUGACAAUUCACAGGUAAAGGCCAAGAAGUCCGUCUGGGGUGGACGAUACUAUGGGCAGCUCGUCUUCAAGCGAGAGAGAACUCGAAUUGUCCAGUACUUGGCGGACAUCAUUUCUCGUGGAGACCCCAUUCCCAACGACCUUCGAAGGCUCAUAGACCAUGAGAACGAGUUCUUGAGCGGUCAGUCACGCCAAGACAGCGACGACGAACACAACGAGGACGUGUCGCGUCCCCAAAAGCAGACACGGGAGGGAUUCACCAAAUUUCAGACGGCCGCGUCAAUGCUCUGGAGGAAAUUGACUGCGAGGGAAAAACAGGAGUACGAGGACAAAGCCAACGCUUGGAAGGAAGCGACUCCCCCCCCGGAGCAGCAACGAAAGGCUGCCGAGAAAUUCGCAUCCAAGAGGUUACUUCAAUUCUCGGAGGGACUUCUCAAAGAAAUGAAUGCUCGAUUGCACAUUCUCGUCGCGUUCGAGAACUCGAAAGGAAAACCAGUGGCAUUCGAUUUUGAAUUGUCCGGGGGCAACGCGGGAGCUCGGGGCCAAGCCUUUCGCGACCUUUACGACGCCCAGCUGAAGGAGAUGGGCCUGCUUGAGCUGUGGAAGGAUUUCGCCGCUGAUGUAUUUCUGGAUCCACUGGAGCAGGAGGAGGAGGCCCGGGGCCGUCGCAUGGCCAAGAAAUCGCUGAUGAACUUCAAGAGAAACGAGUUCGGCGAACCGAUCAUCCCAUCCAUCCGGGAUAAGCCAGGGACUGAGAAGCGCUCAAUUUGGCUCACCAAUUUCUUGAGGUCCUACCUGACCAUUCAUUAUAACAUCACUAGAGGAGACCCCGGAGGACGGACUCCAGUUCCUUGGAAAAGACUGGGUCUUAACGUUCGACGGUUCAUUUCACCCCGGUUCCUCCCAGACCAUUUGGCAGAACUACUCCAAGAGCCAAGUCUGAUGUCAUCCGGGGACAGGGAGAAGCUCUACAAGUUCUGGCGCAAGCGCCAAAAUAAUCCCGAGGUCGACAAUGUGUUCGAGUUCAAGAGGUAUUGGGAUCGCAAGUCGAAGACAUACAAACCUCGACACAAUCGCGAAAAGGCUUCUGCUAAUGGGCAACAUGACGAUGACGAUCAGGAUGAACGGGACGACAUUGAGGAUUGGCGGCCUGAGGAUGUGCAGCCAGUGGCCCCAAAGGCGCCUGCCAAGAAACCCAGUGCCAAGAAGAAGACGAAGAAACGAAAGGAUACACGUGCUGUUGAAGAGAGCGAUGAAGAUAGUGGUUGGGAUAAUCUGGAUUCAGAUUGGGGUGCGUCGUAUCAACCUGUGACGUCGCAAGGUCCCUCCCGUAGAACUCCCGGGUCAAACUCUGGCGAGGAAGCUGAAAGUCCAUGGGACGACAUUGAUUCUGAUUGGGCGAUCAACAAGGGAGGCGAGCAUCCAAGCUCAUCGCAAAGACGGAGGUCGUCGGUUUCACCCCCACCACCAGAUGAACAGGAGCAUUCUCCUCAGCAGGUCCAGGACGAUGAACCCAGUAGACCGGUUACACCAUCCAGCGGGACUCGCCGUGGUCUAAGCAUUCGUGCGGAGGAUAGGCGCCCAGAAGAUCGUGAAGGCCUGAGUACUGUCGAGGAGUCAGAGGAAGAAGAAUCUGAUGAAUUGCCCACCGUCUAUCAGGAUCAGCCCUCACGUACCAAGCGCCGAGCUCCAUUGCAGCCCGCCGAGCAGGUACCACUGCGACGAUCAACUCGCCCACCCAAGACAAGAAGGAUGGUUGACUUCAUUGACAUCGGCACACCCGUCACGCGCAGUAGGGGUGGUGUUGAAGACUCUGGCAAGCGAAUCACAAGGUCAGCCGCCAAGAAAGCUGGAGGUACCUCGCGGGGGAAUGCCUCGAAUGCAGCCUUGGCCGGGAACAAGCGGAAGUCCAGAGAAGAUAAUACCGAUGGGCCUGCUUCAAAGAAAAGGAGGGAGAAUACCGGAGUCACGAAGGUGACGCCUGCUCGAAGACCUGCUGUUUCUCAAACGACCAAGGCCAAGAAUGCCAAUGCCAAGCCCAAAUCGCGUGCAGGACGGCGGUGA